AGAGUGAGGUGGUGAAUUAGGAUAUCAUUAGGAGUGAAGUAUGAAAGAGGAGCACUGGUAUGUUGCAAUUUUGCGACAGCGUCUGAUUUCUAGCAUGCAUGACAUCUUGUCCAACUAUCAAAUCGAGAUGCGAACCAUGGGCAAUUUUCGAAAGCUAAACCUUUUGCUGCGCGAAUACUGUUCCGAAAAUUUUGUGUUUGCUGCUCGAUAUCUUGCCCAACGUCGAUUGAGCCGUUGUGAUAGACUCUGGUGGGCAUUGUGGAUCGUAGUGUCAUUGGCGGCCUGCGUUUUCGCCAUGCUAACAAUGAUCCGGAAAUGGAAUGAUAACCCCAUAGUGACUGUGUAUGCACCACGAUUUCUACCGAUUUCCACGAUUCCAUUCCCGGCCAUCACCAUUUGUCCUCUAACGAAAUCGCGCGUGGAUGUGUUCAAUCUUACUCGAACGCUUGAACUAGUGAAGAACAAUUCGGCGCUGGAUGAAGAUAGCGAAAUGAAACUGCGAGUUCUAUCACAUGUGUGUCCGUUUUCUCGUUUUUGGAUGAAGUAUAUUAAAAGAGAAAAUGAAGAUGUUUUCAAAAGUUUGAAAAUCAUGACCAUACCGUUCCGUGAGACAACAUCCCUGUGUAUGUGGAGGUUUAAGUUUGUCCCCUGUAGCAGCAUGCUGGGGGAAACACUUGUAGAUGAUGGAAUUUGCUAUACUUUCAACGCAUUAGCACCGAAUGAAACAUACCGAACGCAAAACAUUUCGCCAGACUUUCUCAGCCUCGCCAGUGCAGCAGCUCCAUCUGAUUGGACGCGAGAGAACGGAUAUCGUCGCAAUGCUGGAUUAAACGCGUAUCCACAUCGUCCGUUUUCUGCGGGGUUGAUCUCGGGAUUGAUCGUUGCAUUAUCGGUGAGAAAAAUUGAUCAAGAAUUUGCGUGUCAGGGCCCAUAUACAGGAUAUAAAUUUUCCGUUCAUGCUCCCGAUGAGAUCGCAUUGACGGAGGAUCAAUUCUUCCGGCUGAACACACUAAAUGCCGUUAUUUUAAAUCUUCGACCCGAGGUAAUCAUUACUUCAAAGCAUUCAAAAUCACUUUCUCCGGAGAAACGCAACUGUUACUUCGCCAACGAAUAUUAUCUGCGUUACUUCAAAUUAUACAAUGUCGAUAAUUGUAUUGCGGAAUGCGUUUCAAACUACACUUAUAAACAUUGUGGAUGUGUAAGGUUUACUCUACCACGAUCGGCCGACAUGAAGAUUUGCGAUGCCAGUCAGAUCGCUUGCUAUCGUAGUGCUUACGCGAAACUAUACGAUGAAUACAUCAGAGAGGCUGUAAACAACAAACUUCCUGGACAUUGUUUGUGUUACCCGUCAUGUAAUAAGAUCACGUACAAUGUGGAAAUCUCGCAGUUCCCAUUUUACUUCGAAGAAUUCAAUGCGGCUUCUAGAUUUUCACCCGAGGCAUACUCCAAAGUCGAUGCUGCGGUAAUGUAUGUUUCCUUCAAAGAACGUCGCUAUAUUCCAUUGUGGAGGGGUGAGCUGCUAGGUAUGACGGAUGUAAUUGCUAAGUUCGGUGGAUUGUUCGCCCUUCUGAUGGGUGCCAGUGUUUUAAGUUUGGGAGAAAUUUUCUACUACUGUUGCAUUCGACCUCUGCGAAGAGAGCGUCAACCAAGACCUGUGAUCGAAAAACGACAAGUUCAGCUGGUGUUGCCGUGGAUGCCCCCAAAUAGGCAGGUUUAUGUUUCGCAACGUUGGAUGUAAGGACAAGAACAAAGAAAUAAGCACAACAAUAUUAUGACAGAAGCACGACUCGCACGAUUUUCGUUUAGUAAUAUCGUAAUACGGAUGUUGCAUUAUUUAUUUUGCACCAAACUGCAUUAUUUGUUAAACUCAAUGCGGUUUCAUUUAGGUAAGUUCGCUUAACUUUCGAGCGGUUGACUUCCCUGG